UCGGUUUCUGUGUGUUUACUACACUGCUGAGCAGAGGGGAGACACUCGUCUUCACAUGUACUCAAACUGAACUGUUUCUAGUUGUGUUUGCGUGAAAACCCCCGAGAGAUCAACAUGCCCAGGAGAAAGAGAACAGAACCAGAAGAGAAGGAGGAGCCCAAGAGGAGAUCAGCCCGGUUAUUAGAGAUGCCAGCCACAUCUAAGGUGGAAACAAAGGUUAAGAAGCCAGCAAAGAAAGAGAAGGCUGUGAAUGACAAGAAGGAGGACAAGAAGACCAAGAAGACAAAGGAGAACGCCGAUGCGGAGGCCAAUGAAGAAAACCACUCUGAGAACGGAGAGGCCAAGACCAACGAGGUAGAGGAAGCCCCAGAAGAGGCCAAGGAGGAGGCCAAGUCAGAUUAGCACCACUGCCCCAGCGUUCCUCCUCUACAGCCCUUCCCCUUGAAUCUCCCCUCUCAAGUCUCUCACAUGGUUUCCCUCCAAGGCGUAUUGUUAACAGAGGAAUAUUUUUAUCAAUGAUUUUAUAAGUAUCCGUACAGAUUUUUAGCACAAAAAGCAAAGCUGAUUAGGGAGCACCUUGCAGAUUUGCAGUGGUCAUAUCAAGUGUCUGCAAGCAAGAACAAAAACACACUAAAAUCUUUUUUAAACGGCAUUUCGUGAUUGUUGAAGCCUUGUUUGGUGUAGAAAGGGUCCCCUGCCGGAUUGACUCUGUCGUGACUUGUGUAUUCCUGUGUUUUUCUUCCCUCCACCUCCUCUGCAGAUUAGACCCUCCUCCCCGCAGUUCAGCCUCCUAUCCAUGUUUUAUUAACGGUUCAGCCAUGUCGUCGUGGCUGUUUCUUUUAGAUUUUUUAAUGUGCAGUGAGUUCCCUUUUACUUGUCUCAUGAUUUUUUUUUCCUCAUUGAAAAUGUGUUUAAAAAAUAAUAAUUAAACGCGAUGCCCAUAAGAAAGAGGAAGACGAACAUACGAAACAUUCCUGGAACAGUGAUGCCUCCGACCUGUGUCCGAGACGACCCGGCGUUAUGAGAAAGAUGAAAAAUACAGCUCCUGCUCCAUCCACGCUAUCAUGUCGGCUUUUUUAAAACCGUUGUUUUUUAAAAUAAUUUGAAUUUGGAAAUCUCUCGCAAACGCAGGUGUCUGGUCCCUCUCUUAUGUUCUGAAAUUCUCUUAAUAAAAACAAGUCCUGGGAAUUUUCCUCAAA